AUGGCUGACGAAGCGGAAUCUGCCAGCUCAAGCGAAGAUAUAAUGGCGCUGAAUUACCUUACUCAACGUAUCCCAGUGGAGAUACUGACGAGAAUCAUCGACUACGUGCGUAUGACAGACCUAUGGGAAAUGAUCGAUGUAACUCCAAUGCAGUCAGCUGCCAUUCGGGUUCUCAGCCAAGUCCGGCUAAGAGAGGUACUCCUCAGCAACCGUUUCUAUGUUUUCACGAACGAUCAAGAAUGGAGGAAUUGGCAUAAUAACAACUAUUUCCGACAGCUUGAAGAGCAUGGCCAUCUUCGAAGACCAGUUGUUUAUCGAGACGAUGACCCUGUAACACACUGCGUCGCGCUGGAUCGUUACGACCGACUGCAGUUUAUGCUGGAGUGCGGAUUACCACCUGAGUGCUGGGCAAAGUGUGGUUGGAGUCCCCUCGCUGUGGCGGUUCAUUACAGAGCAGACAGGUGCUUCGAUCUGCUCUGCGCUGCACAGCCUGACGAAGACGUUCUACGACAGGAUACCGGAAUCCUGCCUAGGGCUCCUAACUGGCUGAUGACCUUUACCGGGGAAAAACGGUACGAAUAUGGUUUCGCAAGGCUGCUUGAUCAUUUUGACCAGUAUAACCGGACUCAACAGCACAGGAUAGAGCUCCCUCCUAUCAGUCCACAUGCCGUCUACAAAGUGGUCAGGAGAUUUCCGGUUCCUCUGAUCGAGCGCGCGGCUCGUGCGGGACUGAGGCUCGCUUUAGCCAUACAUCGGACCUCUCAAGAAGGAGCAUGGCACAUUGCACCAUUCCGCGAUGAUGCAAUGGACCUGAUAAACGUACUGUGUCGUGAGUGCGCUGCCAGCCUCAACAGUUACGACGCCGAGGGUCACACCCCGUUAUUCCAGGCUGUGGAGUCUGGGAAACCAGAGGUCGUGAAACUCUACAUUGAGCGAGGCGUCGAUGUGGAUCAUAUCGCCGGGAUCGCAGAAACAGCCCUCCACCUCGCCUGUAGACAAAGGCCAGUGAGUCUAGAUAUUUUACAGCAGCUCCUUGGUCAUGUCGAUGUCAAUUCCGGUACAGGGAGUGCGCAGGGAACACCUUUGCAUACACUACUGGUGACAUCAGCAACGGGGGCGCCCCGUCGACUGUCACCCGAGGAGCAAAUGAUCAUGAAUGUCGCCUGCGAGGCCUGUAAUAUGAUCCUGGAUCGUUAUCCAGAACGGCAGGCUGUUAACGCAAGUGGAAAAACUGCCUUGCAAUUGGCUCGGGCACUUCGUCUCAAACGGCUAGUUAAUAGGAUUCUAGGAGCACCUUCGCAAACAGGGCGAUGGGGGAGACGGCUAAGGCCUCGGCGGUGA